AUGUCUUUCACCUCCUCCUCCUGGUACCGGACUCUCCGAGUCUCCCUUCUUCUGCAGCUCCUCCUUAUGCCGCCGUGCCUCCUCCACCCGCAGCCGUGCCACCUCCUGGCUCAGAUCGGACACACGGUGCGCGUCGGUGCGCUCCUGCCGACGCAGCGGGCGGCUCGCAUUCAGGUCCAGGCGGCGCUGAGCCGCGCGGCGGCCGCGAUGAGUCGGGACCGGGACCGGGACCGGGACUUGGACUGGGAUCCGGACCCGGACCGGGAGAGUUACAACUUUCUUCCCUACAACCUGAGCCUGGAGCUGGUGUCCCGGCAGCCGGCGGCCGCGGACCCGGAGUCCCUGUUCCGGUGCGUGUGUCAGGGCGUGGUGGUGCAGGGAGUCUCUGCCGUGCUCGCCUUCCCGCAGACCCGCGAGGAGCUGCUACAGGUGGACUUCAUGGCCUCCUUCCUGGAGAUUCCGUUCCUCAGCGUCUUUGAGCACGGAGAGCCGCUGCGCACGCAGAACCGGUUCCAUCUGCAGAUGGUCACAGGAGUUCCAGAGUCCGGUCUGUCCAACCUGUUGCUAACGGUUCUGCAGCGGUCUGGUUGGAGGGAGGGUACUGCGGUUCUGUGUCGGGGCUGGGAGGAGUCUCGGGGGCUCCUGCGGCUCUUGGACGAUGAGAGCGGAAGCAGUGCAUCAUGGGACGGUGGGGGCAGGGCAACCUGGCACCUGCACGCAGUCCUGAACCUGACGCAAUCGGCACAUGACGACACACAGAUCCAUGACUUCCUGUCCCGACACUUCAGACAGAACCAGCCUUCACCGGUGUCGGUGCUGCUGUUUGGAGCUGACCCGCAGUGUGCGGCAGCGGUGCUGCGCAGUGCCCAGGACCUGGGCCUCACUCUACCCAUGGUGCACUGGGUGCUGGGCCAGCCACUCAGCCCCGAUGCGCUGCAUGCCAUCGGGCUGCCGCUCGGCCUGCUGGCCUACGGAGAGGUGGAGCGGAAACCGCUGGACUUCUACGUCAGAGACGCCCUGGAGCUCGUCACCAGGGCCGUCACCGCUGCAACCAUGGUGAGACCGGACCUGGCUCUGAUCCAGAAUAUGGUGAACUGCUACGACAAACCCAACAAACACGAGGUCCCAUCAUCAGGACAGUACCUGUCCAGGUUCCUGUCCAACACAUCUUUCUUUGGUCUAACGGGUCCGGUCCGAGUCCACCAGAACCGGUCUCAGGUCCUCACCUCACAGCGUUUCCAUAUCUGGAGCCUGCGGCGGGAUGCACUAGGUCAGCCCACCUGGGUGACAGUGGGCAGCUGGGAGGGAGGCCAGCUACAGGUAGAAGACCAGGGAGUAUGGGAGGGACCCAAACCUCGCCACAGGACAGAGGGGACAGGCGGGAGGACCAGGGGCCGCUGGAGGGCAGGGAUGCCAGUUGCAGGGAGUCGGGUCCGGGUGGUGACUCUGGUGGAGCAUCCCUUCGUGUUCACACGGGAUGUGGACGACGAGGGCAGCUGCCCGGCCGGACAGUACUGCCUGGACGCCGGCACCAACAGCUCAGAAACACUGGAGAGAUUUUUUGGGGAGGUGGCAGGCGGGAACGGCAGCUUCCUGCCUGAAGAAUACAGCAAGUGCUGCUACGGAUACUGCAUCGACCUGCUGGAGAAGCUGGCUGAGGACCUAGACUUCGAGUUUGACCUUUAUAUCGUGGGAGAUGGGAAGUAUGGCGCUUGGAAGGGGGGACGCUGGACUGGGCUGGUGGGGGAUCUUCUGAAUGGACUGGCAGACAUGGCCGUCACCUCCUUCAGUAUUAACUCAGCUCGGAGCCGGGUGAUCGACUUCACCUCGCCCUUCUUCUCCACCAGCCUGGGCAUCCUGGUGCGCAGUAAGGACACGGCAGCGCCCAUCGGAGCCUUCAUGUGGCCCCUGCACUGGUCCAUGUGGGUGGGCAUCUUCCUGGCGCUGCACAUCACGGCGCUCUUCCUCACGCUGUAUGAGUGGAAGAGUCCAUAUGGCAUGACGCCUCACGGACGCAACAGGAUCAGGGUGUUCUCGUACUCAUCAGCUCUAAACCUGUGCUACGCCAUCCUGUUCGGACGCACCGUCUCCUCUAAGACACCAAAGUGCUGGACAGGUCGAUUUCUGAUGAACCUGUGGGCCAUCUUCUGCCUGCUGGUGCUGUCCAGCUACACCGCCAACCUCGCUGCCGUCAUGGUAGGAGAGAAGACCUUCGAGGAAGUAUCAGGGAUCCACGACGCCAAGCUGCACCACCCGUCAUGGGGUUUUCGCUUUGGGACGGUGAGGGAGAGCAGUGCAGAGGAUUACAUGAAGAAGAGUUUCCCAGAGAUGCACGAGUACAUGAGACGCUUCAAUGAGCCGACCACGCCUGAAGGGGUCGCCACUCUCAAGACAGAUCCUCCUCAGCUCGACGCCUUCAUCAUGGACAAAGCUCUGCUUGACUACGAAGUUUCCAUUGACGCCGACUGUAAACUUGCAACUGUGGGGAAACCGUUUGCCAUUGAAGGUUAUGGUAUCGGCCUGCCUCAGAACUCUCCUCUGACAUCCAACAUCUCCGAGUUCAUCAGCAGAUAUAAAUCAGAGGGAUACAUGGACCUGCUGCACGACAAGUGGUACAAAGUGGUUCCCUGUGGGAACCGAGUGUUCGCCGUCACCGAGACUCUUCAGAUGGGGAUCAGUCACUUUUCAGGACUCUUCGUCUUGUUGUGUGUUGGAGUGGGCGGAGCUUUGCUGACUCUGGCAGGUGAACACGGUUUCUACCAGCUCGUCCUGCCUCACAUCCGCCGCCGACAGAACCUCAAAUACUGGCUGCACACCUCACAGAAAAUCCACCGAGCUCUGAACAUGACGUACGAAGAUGUGAAGAAGCAGCGAGCUGAAAAAGAGAAAAGCUGUAACCUGCAGAACCCCCCUCCGCACCUCGCCACCCCCUCUGCCCCACCAGCCCCCUCCGCCUCUGCCAAAUGGAACAACGAGACCAGCAAGGAUGCGGCUGCCGCUGCUGCUGCUGCGGCGGCAGCCGCCGCCUCAAAGGACGCCCGGGACUUCAAACGUGUCCACUUCAACCUGGAGACCCUCAACACCCGCCGCCUGCUUGCUCGCAUUGCCACUGCUGAUGCAAAGGUGGGCGGGGCCAAAUGUGAGGGGGCAGGGCCUGUGAAGCCGAGAGAGGGGGCCAACAGCAGACUGUGUGAGAACGGAGGACCAGCGGCCUCGCUUGCCAGCUUGGUGCUCUCCCUCCCCUCUUCAUCCUCCUCUUCCUCUUCUGCCCAACCCAAUACCGCUGCUGCUCACCCUGCAGCAAUGGCCCCGCCCCCUGCCGCCGUGGCCUCGCCAUCCGCCGUCGUCGCCCCUCCCCAGCCCGGCGAGCUGCAGGAGCUGCAGGACCAAAUCGAACAGAUGAGGGAGAAGCUGAAGACUGCUCUGGCCAGGAGGGCCGAGAUCCAGACCACUUUGACCAAAUCUGUCGCUACGGUGACAAACAGCCCGCCUCCCGUCACGACCACGACAACCACGACGCCCACCGUCAACCCGCCCACCAUUGUCCCAGUAACGCCCCUCCCUGCCAACAUGAAGUGCGUGACCACCAUGACAGACCCGCCCCACAAAGUCCUGUCCAAAGUCCGGCCCCUCCAAAACAGACUGACCAAUCAGAGGAGGUGAUGCUCUAUGUGCAGGUCACAUGACCCUCUGCACACGGCGGCCAUUUUAAACUGCUUUGAUGCCAAAGCUGACUUUCCAUUUGUUUCUGCAGCAGGUAAAUAGCUCCGACAGCGAGACCACGUUAGUAUUCAGCCACGGAAAGUUCCAAACAUUAGUUCCACGGCAAAACCAACUUCCUGUUUAGGUUCCACAUGAUCUGCGGAGCCUCUGAGAGGAACCUCUCAGUUAGGCAGCUACAGCAGAGCACCUGUUAUUACAUGCAUCACCAAUACAUGUAUUACUGGAAUAAAACAGAGGCUUUAUUGAUUGCAGAAAUAAAAACGAUUGGUUAAAGAAGA